UUCUCUUCCGGUCCGGCCGGAACCUCGCAAGCUGCAAGAAGCCUUUUAGGCUGCGGGGGUUUGGGAAAAGAUUGGAAGAGGAGGACGCGGCGGCCGAGGGAAGAGAGAUGAACACGGACAUAACAGCAUCGGUGAAGCCGGAGUACCCGGUGGUGGAUCGCAAUCCUCCCUUCACCAAGACCGUCGCCAACUUCAGCACCCUCGACUACCUCCGUCUCUCCACCAUCACCGGUGUCUCCGUCACCGUAGGCUAUCUCUCCGGGAUUAAGCCCAACAUCCGAGGGCCCUCGAUGGUGACGGGCGGCCUGAUCGGGCUGAUGGGCGGUUUCAUGUACGCCUACCAGAACUCCGCUGGCCGGCUUAUGGGCUUCUUUCCCAACGACGGCGAGGUCGCACGUGACAAGAAGUAGAGGAAAGUCCAAUCGCCGUCGAAUAAUUCUUCAAACUGCUUUUCUGGUUUUGCUGGUUGAUUGUCUUCUAAAAGUCUUCAUAUGAUGUUUAUAACAUGAUGCUUCUGAUUUGCUUCUAUGAUUAGAGAUUUGCUUCCAAGGUCAAAAAUUCGUAGCGGGUCUCAAAUGUUAUAUAAUAAGUAUGCGAUUGCAUCAUGUGAAAUUUCUACCAUGAACUUGAGUAUGGAUGGAUGUUCUUGGAUUUUGAUGUGUUAUGGAUCAUUUGUAGUUGUGUUCUAGUCAUCAAUCUCAAGCCUGGUGUUGGUUA